ACUUGUAAAACUAGCUAUUCUACUUGUAUUUACAACCACUAACAAUGGAUGAUCCAUUUGAAAAAGAGCAAAACCUCUUACGUGCUAGAAUAAUUAGCCGAAUGGAAACACUUAAUGAAUCCAUGGCAACAAUGAAUAAAAACCUUCAAGAAAUAAAUCGAAAGAAUUUAGAAAUUGAGAAUGUCACCAGAAUGUGGCUGAACUACAUGAGAUACUCUGAUCAAUUUUCAAAAGUUAAUGAAACUCCAUCUGGACAGACAAGAGCUCGAGAGCAAGAAGAGCAAUAGUGUUAGUAGUUGCUGGUCAUUACUACUUGGCUUAACUAGCCAUUAUACUGUUGCUGGUGAAAGUAUCGCUGGUUGGAGUAGCGCUGAUGUACCAUGAAACAUCAGAGGAAAUAUCAGUCCGGCCAUAAUAGAGAGAAAUCUUGAUUGCAUCGCAGAUUACUAAACACGCCCUUUCCCCCAAGUCUUAUUGUUAUAUUACAUGAAAUAAACCUCCAUUGUAUAUCAUUUUAUAUUUUAAACUGGCUAUAGUACAAAUUUAUUUAAUAGUAUUUCAAAACCCACACAUGCAUGUUCCAAACUUUUGCUUUUUGCUUAUAUUGCGCUAGUACCAAUCUAGUUUUGGGUAGGUAAUAAACCGAAUCUCUUCUUUAAAGUAACUCUUUGUCUUGAAUAUUUAUCAUCAGGAGAAAAUCUAGCUGGAUGAGCAGACUUGGUGAUUUCACCAUCUUCAGUGAUUUUCUUUAAGGUGUAAAUUCUCUUGCCUUCGGCGUCUAAUGUGUACAUCAAAUGCAUGGGGAAUAUGUGUGAUUAUCAGUAUAACGUUGGUUCGAAAUUAACUAU